AUGAAACCAAUACAAAGCUGCGAAGUCUCUGAGCGAGAAUCCUACACAGAUUUUUGGGGAAGUCGCUAUACAGUAAAUAGUGGAGGGGAGAAGCAGGAGAAAGCGGAAAGCAAGAAUAUGAGCGAUGAACCGUAUGACUAUAGGAGAAGAAUCAAUAUGAACAGUAAAAAGUUCUAUUUUAGAGCUAUUCUCCAGGAGAUAGGAAGACAACAGGAGAAAACUGAGGAGCAAGAGGCACAAAAUAGCAAAGUGCAAAAUAAUUCAUCCGAGAACUAUAAAAGUGGCAGCAACUGCACAAUUCACUGA